AUGUCUCCAAAAGUGGGUCCCGCUGGUCAAAGCGCCAGCACCCACCUCUGGAUGCUGCUGCGCCCCCUGCUCUGUGCGCUAAUCCUGGCUAAAGGCUCCACACUGAGCACUGAGGACUUGCAGAGCACCACAACCAUGUCGCUGCUGGAGGACUGGACCGGCACUACAAUCCAGCUGCAGCCAGACCUGCAGACUGAAGCCGGGACUCCGACGGACACACAGACAGAGGCAACAACUCUGACAGAGACGCAGACUCAAAGCACUACCAGCAACUAUACAGGUCUGUCCUGCAUCCAUGUUUUGCCACCACGUCGGGGUUCCUUCUACAUUGAACGUGGCAACGGCAUGUCUGUAGGCAGCGUAUUGGCCUUCUGGUGCAGAGAGGGAUACCAGCUGGUCGGCAGUGACAGAAUCUACUGCAGUGUCAGGAAUGGCAAACCACAGUGGAGCAACUACUUACCUUCCUGUGAAGCUAUCCCCAGGCCGGAGGAUCAUGGUCUGAGAGUGGCUGUGCUGGCUUCAGUGGUGAGUGGCAUUGUCAUCCUCGCUAUGUCUCUGUCCUUCCUCAUCUGCUGUCUGCAAGAACGAUCAGGCCGGGACAGAGCCAAGAAGGAGGGACAGAGCAGGCGCAGAGAGAAACACUCGACCCAUCGCAGUGAGUGUUGGCUGGAGAGAGAGGAGGGUGAGUGGGAAGCCUUCCCUCCUCUAAAGAUCUUCCACCUCUCGCAGAAGAUGAACCCCCGUCUGGCUCCCGACAGCCCCCUCUACCUUACUGGAGGCCUCAGUGGAUAUGAGAACCGAGGAUACCAAAGGAGUCAGGAGAGUUUGCUGAAGGCCUCCCUGCCUGGACUCUACCGCUCCGAGUCACAGCUAUACCCGCACGUUGUUCUUCAGAGAGUCCCAACUCCAACAGCACCCUCCGCUCCUUCCGCUCCAUCCCCUCCAUCCGCUCCUGUCUACCUCCAUCUCCCCUCCUCCUCCUCUGCUGCCUCCUCACCUGCCCACAUAGCCACACACAGCCAACCUCACAUGAUAGCGCAGUACCCCACCCCGACAUACCCCCCAAACCCCAACACAGCUGUGCCCGUCUACCCCCACCAAACACCAGCGCCUAUCUACCCCAACCCCACCCCAAUACCCCAACGGCCAUGGCAGUAA